CGCGCGCGGACCAGGAGAGCGGCCGGUCGGGAAAGCGGGGCUGCGUAGGGGAGGAGGGCGCCCUUGAAGAGGCUUCAGUAGCGGCCGGCUCCGCGUUGCCACUGACAACACCCACGAUGCCAGGAAUGAUAGAAUGCGAGGGAGAGGAGGGGAGAGCAGCGAAAGCACAGGCAGGAGGAGGAGACGGAGCGGCAGAGAGCGGAGAGCCGCAGAGCCCAGCGAACACCGAACCGCGGGAGCCGCAAACCGCCACCGCCGCCGGACACCCGGACGUGCCGUUAAUCUCCACGGAGACGGUCUGCUCACCUGAACGGAAGAUCGGCGCUUCCGGGAGCGAAAUGCCAGCUGGCUGCUGCACCAGAACGCCACGCAACUCGGAGGAGGAGAGAGAGAGAGACAGGGAGGGGGAGAGGGAGAGGGAGAGGGAGAGGAAGGGAGGGGGAGGGCUGCAGAGUCACUCUCCGGGGACGGAGGGAGAGGGGGAGAGAGAGCGCGAGGGAGCGUGCGUCCGAACAGAUGACCACGGUGACAUCUCCCCGGCAUCUGGGCCCCUGGGACACAGCAUCCGGGAAGAAAGGGAGGUGGGUAGAGAGGGAGAGAGAGUGAUAGGGGAAGGAGAGGGAGACAGGAAAGAGGGACGAGAGGAGCAGAUUUUGUCCAGACAGACAGCGGAGCUUGUUGCCGGGGGGGCAGUGACUGACACAGCCACUGUGGCAGCACCUUUUCCGGAACGCCUUUUUGAGGACGGCCGCCAGACCGGACCGCCCCGUGACGUCGGCGGGCCAGUGGCAAAACAGCAGCACGGGGAUGAGAUCAUCAUUCUCGACGUGGACAAUUCCGCCGAAAAAGGCUCACACCUUCAACCUAUAAGGCAGAGGAGCGCAUGCGGACCUGAUCCUCUUCCAUCUCUGUCUCCUCUCCUCCACACGGAAGCCGGGCAUCACACUGCCCACAUAGAGACGACGGUGCUCAGCUGCGAAUCUGUGCCCAUCGGAGCCACCCAGGACGCUGUAAUCACACGCACACAGGAAGCAGCUGGCCCUCAGGCCGUGUCCGUGGGCGUGGAGACCACCCGGGACCCUGCAGAUUCUGAAAAGGCCUCUCUACUUUCCACCCCGACGAGCUCUGCCCCAUCCCAGCCUCCUAUAGGCCCACAGAACCCCCCAGCUGAAGGCAACGAUCAACAGGUUCCUCUCUCCCGCUGCCUGGAUAUCCAGAAGGAGCCACAGAGUGCAGAAAACUCGGUGAAAACCAGUGACAACAUGAGGGACACUGUCCGAGGGCGGACUCAGGUGGCGAAAAAGAUGGCGGUGACGGAGGUGCGGAAGGAUAUCCCACCGCAGACCGCGGGCGACGCCUCAACCAUCGCCCCGGGGGGCUGCUCCUCCCUGCCCCCGCUUACGGUGCACGAGAGCCUGCACCACCCGGUGACGGAGUGCAGUUCCACACUCCAGGAGUUCUCCGCCCUCCAGAAGCAGGAGCCGUCAGUCGGCCCAGCCCUGGGUACAACGGCCUCCACCGUGGGGCCCCCACAGCCCACCAAGCAGAGCAGUGAGGCGGAGGGCGAGAGGAAGGCUGAAGGUGGGGGGGAGAAGGUCCCUAGCCAGGGGGACGGAUCCAAAGAGGCUAAGGAGCAGUUUGGUCAGCUGGGCACUGUCGGCAUGGUGACGGAAAAGAGCGCAGAGGGUCUGAGGGCUGAAGAAGAGGGGGGUGGAGCGGACGGCGUCCAUCUUCUUCCAGCAGCUGAGUGUCAGGUUGCUGACCCACCGAAAACCGAACAGAGAGCAAAGGUCACAGCAGGAGCCGAGGAGGCACCUAAGCCGGUGGGAGCGGGUUUGAGUGGCGGACCAUCGUCAGCUCCCACAGAAAAAGUGCCCAAAGUGACCACUGGGGAUUCUGGCAGAUCAGUCAAUGAUAUCAGCCUGCAAGAGACAUGCCCCCAAGCGUCACUGGGGUCGGGUGAUUCGGCAGAAAUCGACCGUGAGUCAGACUCUCCUGGGGCUGACGAGAAGCCGCUCAAUGAACCUGCCUCAUCACUUCCUGCUCCCUGCCUGGGUGUGGACGAUAAGUCCCUCACUGAUGCCACAACGGCAUCUCCACAAACCCCCCUUCCUGUCCAGCUUGAACGUGUGGAAAGGAGCGCAGAGGUUCCAGAAACAAGCACAGCAGCCGAACCAGAGUCUCCCGCCCCUGGGCUGGAGGGACCGGACCCCGCCCUCCCUAAAGCGGAGGGUGACACUCAACCCUGGUUUCUGAUCAGACCUCCGAUGCCGCUGUUCAGCCACUUGGAGCUCACUGUGGACUGUGAUGUCACGGCAGUGGACGGGAGAGAGACGCAGAGACCUGCGGAGGAAGGGGAGGGGCUAGUGCACGAUGCCAGGGCGCUCGAGGGGCUGGCGAAACAGGCCAGGGUGUGCGGCCCAUCUGACGAGGAGAGAAAAAAUACUUCUGUUAAGUCCUCCUGUCUGUUGACAGGAGGACAGCAGGAUAGACCCACACCGGGUGGUGGUCUCUCCACAAUCACCACCAGGGAAAAACCAGGCGCUGAUACAGGAAGUCCAGAACAGGAAGUACAGGUAGAAAAUGACAUUCAAGCAGCCUCCGGAGUGGGACAUGACAUCAGUAUGGACCCAGCCUCUAAAACUGAGGCGGCCCCCACUGAAACUCCAAAAUCUGAUCCCCUAAAAUCUGUGCCUGGUUCAGUUAAUGACUCCAUCAGCAGUGUACUUAUAAAGGGAUGUGACCCCAGCUCUGAACCUCUUGCCUCCCAGCCCUGUGAUGUUGUACCCCUCAAUGCUCAACCAGAUAUCACAGUGGAACCCUGCAAGGCCACACUACCGGACACCAUGGCUAAAAUUCAACCUGUAGCACUCCCUAGCUCGGACCCUUCCCAUAGUGCUACCAGCCUUGAGACAACGGCAGUCAGUGCCCAGACUGACUCCACAUCUGGGUCCAUGACAGCAAGGCCUGAGCUUGGAGCUGAAAUUCUGACUGGCCGGUCUGUAUGUGUAGGUACUGAGGGACCAAUGGGGAAAGGGGAAGUCACUGGAGAGAAAGAUGGACAAACUGGAGAGAAAAAAGAAAAAACUGAAUAUCAACUGGGAGGUAUUGGAGACAAGCCAGGAGAGAUGGGAGAUCAUUUUGAAAAAGUGAAACGGGAAGGAGAAGAAAUAGGUGAAAAACCGAAAGGAAUGGGAGAGAAACAGGGAGAAACGGGAGAUGUGGAAAAAUCUCAGUCUGGUCCCAGAACAGUUGCUGCUGACCUGAGGUCAUUGAACGAGGCAGCGAAUCAGAGUGGGGGCUUAGGAACGAGUGAGCAGCUGUCCCUGGAUCAGAGCACGUCCUCAGUGGCUGCUGCGGGGUCGUGCCCUGUGGCCCUCAGCCAAUCGGAUCUGGCCCUUCCAUCAAAAACGGAGCAGCGGGAACUGGGAUUGGGCCCCAGCCCAGAGAGCCGUGGUCAGCAUGAAGGUGUGGGGUCAGGUCCGUGCGUGGGAGCCAAUGAGGAAGGAAGGGACGGCUCAGCCAAUCAGCAGUCAGCAGAGACACGGGGCACAGCGAGUUCACUCGGCUCCGGGAAGCAGCCCGGGAAUUUCUCAGAUCAGAGAGGAAAUGAUGGCAGCACAGACGGGCAGGACAGAAGGGCCCGGAUGGAGGGCAUCGCUGCACCGCAGGGGGCCAGCACACACCCCCUCGCUCCUGAGGCCGACCUCAUCCCAGAACUUAAGAGACAGGAACACUGCGCAGUCAGCACAGACCAGACCAAACACAGCUCCCCUGCCGGAGCUGUGGAGACGAAGACCGGAGAAAAACAGGCCCCCAGAUCAGAGCCCCCCGCACCUAUCCCAGGGGCAGGCAGUUCAGGUCAGAGGUCAGGGGUGGACGUAAAGGAUCAGGAAGCAGAAACUUUAGCAUUGGCUUGUGAAGACAAACAGGCUAUGGCUGAGGUUAAAGAGGACCGGGCCUUCAGCACAGUGCUGAAAGAGAGUACCGCCAAACCAGUGAAAAGUGACGUUUUCUCACAGGCAAGUGAGGCCGUGCCUCAGGUCAGCCCAACAUUCAGCACCGUCGCAGAGAAAAGCCAGCCAGGACGGGGGGAGGAGCUAGGAACAUGUGGCUCGACCGAAACUGUUACCGUGGAGAGAGAAGAACAGAGGAGGGGUGAAAAGAGGGAGCAGGAGAGGGGAAAGGAAGAGGCAGAAAAGCCAAGUGAGGAAGCCUCAAUCGCCCCAGUCACCACAGAGUCCACACAGACUCCUGGCAGUGGAGUGACCCAGGGAGGGGACACCUCCUCGUCCUCUGCUCUCCUCAGUGAAAGAGCGGAAUCCUCUCCAUCUGCCCCUGAUCCACAGCAGGCAUUACGGGCUGAAAGAGCACUAGAGGCUGAUGGGACGCAGGCCGGGGCGGGGCCUGAACCCUGCACAUCUCUGCCCGGAGGAGGGAUGCUCGGAGUCACUCCUCCAGAGGUUGUGGUGACAUCACGCAGAGAGCUGCAUGACCUCGUUGAGCAUGACUCAGUGACCCAAACGCUACUGCAGGACAGCAAGUCAGCCACCGAGAGUCACUCACAGACAGAGCCAGCAACUGUGAGCACAUCAUCUGAGAGUCAUUCACAGACCGAGCCGGCAUCUGAGAGUCAUUCACAGACCGAGCCGGCUUCUGAGAGUCAUUCACAGACAGAGCCGGCAUCUGAGAGUCAUUCACAGACAGAGCCAGCAUCUGAGAGACAUUCACAGACAGAGCCAGCAUCUGAGAGUCAUUCACAGACUGAGGCAGCACGAGAGAAGCAUUCACAGACAGAAGCAGCCUCUGGGAGCUCAGAUCCAGAUGGAGGCUCACAGACACAGCCAGCCUCUGAGAGUCAUUCACAGACACAGCCAGCCUCUGAGGACACAAACUGGCUCAUACAGGCCCUGAGAGAUGCAGCCGCCCUGCCUCAGCCAGAGGAGCAGGACAGAGAACAUGGCACAAAGAACAUUUCUGACCUCAGGCCUCUCCAGUCACUACCUUCACCCCAAGCAGACCUCGAGUUCCGCACGCCCACUGAGGAGCUAGCGCCCCCUCUGGUAGGCCAGAGCCAGAGCAACGACCAGGUGGAGUGCAGGUUGUCCCUGACUGAGGCAGAGGAGAGAGACCACACCCCUGUACCCCCACCUCCGCCUGAAGACUACACCCUCCCUCCACCUAAAGACUACACCUCCCAGACCCCCCUGCCUGCCCAGCCUGAAGACUACACCUCCCAGACCCCCCUGCCCGCCCAGCCUGAAGACUACACCUCCCAGACCCCCCUGCCCGCCCAGCCUGAAGACUACACCCCCCCUCCACCUAAAGACUACACCCCCCAGCCCUCCCUGCUUGCCCAGCCGGAAGACUACACUUCCCAGACCCCCCUGCCCACCCAGCCUGAAGACUACACCCCCCCUCCACCUAAAGACUACACCUCCCAGACCCCCCUGCCCGCCCAGCCUGAAGACUACACCCCCCCUCCACCUAAAGACUACACCUCCCAGACCCCCCUGCCCGCCCAGCCUGAAGACUACACCCCCCUUCCACCUAAAGACUACACCUCCCAGACCCCCCUGCCUGCCCAGCUCUCCCGGGACAGCGCCCAGUUCCCCACCCCUCCCCCCACCCCUCCUGAGAGGUGUCUGCCCACCCCACCGCCCAGCGACUCCCCGGAGACACAGACCCCCACCCCUGCACCCCCCACCCCCGAGCAGCCCCCUGUCUCCCCCACUGUCCGGUCCGAGGGUCCGGCUGCCCCCUGCUCCGCUCCCCCUGAGGAGGCCCCACACAGGAGCUCGGACUCUGACGGAGCGUUUGAGACCCCCGAGUCCACCACCCCGGUGAAGGCCGCGGCCCCCCCGCUGCCCCCCCCGGAGCCCGACACAGAGCCACAGCCGCCCCCGUCUGAAGACGCAGGUCCCGUCCCUGAGGCUGGCUGUGUUGCGGAGGUUUGUGUGAGCGAGGCGGUGAGUGAGUCCCCCGCGCCCCGGGCCCUGCACCGCUCCGUCUCCACGGUCUUCGACGAGGACAAGCCCAUCGCCAGCAGCGGCGCCUACAACCUCGACGCCAUCGCAGCGGCCGCGGCCGCCGCGGAAACCGCCGCCCUCGCCGCCCUCGCCGGGCGCGACCCCACGAGCCCCGAGCCCCGCAGGUCGCCCCUGACCCGCUCCCUCAGCCUGCAGGCCGGGGACCUGGACGCCGGCCCCCCGGAGACCGGCCCCGCGGGACCAGGUGCGGACCUGCCCUCCCGUCAGCGCGCCGAGGCCUUCAGCGUCGAGACAGAGAGCGCCCCGGGGACCCUGAGGAAGACCAAGAAGCCCCGCCCCGGGUCUCUGAAGAAGAAGCCCCCCCUCGCCCGGCAGAACUCCACCCCGCCGGGCACCGGAGGGAGCCCGGGCCCCGCCGCUGAGCUCGGGAGGAAGGAGAGUGAGGACGAGGAGGGAGGCUCCUUUGGGCCCAGCCCUAAGGGCACCCUGAGGAAGAACAAGGCCACUCCUAAACCUGACCCGCAGGAGAGCGUGAGCUCCAGAGAGGAGGCCAAACCACCACCACCACCAGCGUCACCUCCCAUCCGGAGGCAGCCGUCUCCCCCGGCCCCCAGCGCCGCCUUCCCCCCUGUCCUCGACGAGGAGUCCCCCAUCCUCCCCAAGGGCUCCUACAACUGGGACCCGGAGAACUUCGAGGGGAUCGACCCCUUCCGUUCAGGGGGUAGCAGAAUAUCCAACUCCCCUGUGCUUGGGAGAAAGGGGGUAUCUUUCACCCCGGUGAACCCUGCCGCGGAGCUCCCUGUUACCCCGGACGUGCCCCCUCCAGCCCCGCCUCCAGCCCCCGCAGGGAGCGUGGAGGAGCAGCCCCUGAACCGGCGGCUGUCCGUCAGGCUGGAGUUCGACUACUCCGAGGAGAGCGAGUCGCCCCCCCGGGAAGCCGUCCCCCCGCCCAAAAAGCUGGGCAAGAAGCCGGGUGCCAAGAUGCCCCUCCGCAAGCCGAAGACGGGGGCCAAGAAGCCCCCGCAGCCCCCCCCGGGGCCGCUGGACAACGGCCAGCCCCCGGACAGCGACGAAAUCCCCAUCCCCAAGGCCACGUACAACUUUGACCCCAACAAGUGGGAGGACCCCAACUUCAACCCCUUCUGCCCCGGCGGAGGCCUGCCCAACUCCCCCCGCCUCUCCCGCCCCGCCUACGCCUUCGACCCGGACGGUUUCGCCGACUCCGUCGACCCCUUCAAGUCCUCCAAGAAAAUGGGGAACUCGCCGCCAAAGUCUUCCUCUGCCUCUUUUGACGUUUCCGCCAACGACAACGACAGCCUGAGCGAGCUGGAGGACCAGAACCAGAACAAACCGGCCAAGAAGAAGAAAGCCCCCAUUAAGUCUAACACGUUCAGAGUGAAGAAGUCCCCUAAGAGGUCUCCGGUGUCUGAGACAGCGUCUCAGGACGACCACGCCACCGAUGAGGAGAAGCUGGCUUCCUCCAGCAGUCAGAAGUGGGCGACUCGUCACGGCGUGGAGGCGGAGCUGACCUCCGACCCCCAGGACUACCCCCAGCCCUCUGACCUCACAGCCUUUGUCAACGAGAACAGCCUUCCCCCACAACAACACGUGACGGACUACGAGAUUGAGUACAUGGAGAAAAUUGGCUCCUCUACCCCUCCUCUCUCCGUGAAGAAGCCGUCUCUCUACCUGAAGCUGGACUCUGUGGCCGACCCUCCCAGCAAGAGCUCAUGUGUGCGCGGAUCUGAGCCCAGCUCCCCCUGCACAGGCAGUUUUGAAGAGAUGGAGGCUCAGAUCUCUGCGGGGGGUAAAUCUCCGGUGCUGUCAUCUCGGGGCGGUCUGGACCCCAUGGGGGCAGAAAAGAGCCGAAAGAGGGAGAGCGAGUCUCUGAGUCUGGUGUCCGGCUCGGAGCGCGAUGCAGUGACCCCUCCCCCAGACCCUGAGGACCCGGCCGACACCCCGCUCUUAGACAGGCUGUCUGAGUCGGGGGGCCCGCUGCAGUACCUGGAGCCCGACCUGGCCGAGACCAACCCCACCGCCUUCGCUCAGAAGCUGCAGGAGGAGCUGGUUCUCGCUGCCCUGAGGAUAGAGGCUCUGCAAGUAGCCCAAAAAAUCUCCCAGAGCCCCUCUCUGUCCUGUGUAAUCCCCGAGCAGAAACAGGUCAUGACCUCCGCUGACCCGGUGUCCAAGGGGCCCCUGUACUCCCGACCAGGGUACAGUGAGGGGGUGGGCGGCUCCUACCUGCCCCCGGAUCUGGACCACUCCCUGGGGAUCGCGCGCGAGGAGAUUGUGGCAAAGGAACAGGAAGUCGUAGAGUGGCAGAGGAAGUACGAGGAGAGCCGGCAGGAAGUUGUGGAAAUGAGGAGGAUCGUGGCAGAGUAUGAGAAGACCAUUGCACAGAUGAUAGAGGAUGAGCAGCGGGAGAAGUCUCUGUCUCAUCACACCAUCCAGCAGCUGAUCCUGGAGAAGGACCAGGCCCUGGCCGACCUCAACUCCGUGGAGAAGUCCCUGGCGGACCUGUUCCGCCGCUACGAGAAGAUGAAGGACGUCCUGGAGGGCUUCCGUAAGAACGAGGAGGUGCUGAAGAAGUGUGCGCAGGAGUACCUGUCCCGGGUCCGGAAGGAGGAGCAGCGGUACCAGGCCCUGAAGAUCCACGCCGAGGAGAAGCUGGACAAGGCGAACGCUGACAUCGCGCAGGUCAGAGCCAAAGCCAAGCAGGAGCAGGCCGCGUCCCAGGCCAGCCUGCGCAAGGAGCAGAUGAAGGUGGACUCCCUGGAGCGCACCCUGGAGCAGAAGAACAAAGAGAUUGAGGAGCUGACCAAGAUCUGCGAUGAACUCAUCUCUAAGAUGGGCAAGAGCUAGCCAGCUGCUGCCGGGGCCCAUCCAGCCCGUUCACCCAGGAGGACAGACCUGGAGAGGGGGGAGGAAGGGGAGGAAGGAGGCCUUUCUCUUUCUCUCUGGCUGGAUAUCUCCUGGACAGAUGCACAGAGUCUCUCACUCCACUGAACUUUCUUCACUGGGAGACUUGAGCAUUCGAGCAGCACCGCGUCCUACAGGACAGGGCGGUGGCUACCGGACAAUGGAUUCACUGUUUUUGCGUUCUGUUUGUUAUUUCCCUCGUUGUGUUCAACGUGUAUCAAGUUUCCUGUAUCAGGGGUCUUGUGUAAGAUUAAGGAUGAGGUCAUCACAACUAGUGUUGUCCUGGCAACCACUGGAGAGACAGACUGCAAACUCCUGCAACAUUUUCUCACCCAGAGAGGAAAAGCAACAAAGUCUCAUUAAAAAAAGUUACAAAAAAGUUCUAAUGAACUCAUCCAUUGAUUCAGUCAUUCAUACAUUCAUUAUAAAAAUUGCUAUCUAUUAUAACAAUAUAAAUAUUAAUUAUAACAAUUGCAUGUAGUAGAUGAAAGAUUACCUUCUUUUUGUAAAUAAAGAUGUAGGCAGAGGAUCAGAUAGGAAGACACCAGUUUUUUAAUAUGGUAUUCUGUCAGUUAAAAUCACAACCUUGGUGUAAUUUUGUAGAUAUCUUUUGUGUGUUUGUUUCUUUGCUCCCAUGAAGAAAGAAACAGGGACAUUUAUUUUGUUAUUAUUUUAAUAAUGAUAAUAAUUCAUCUUUGGGUUAUGGUUCUGAUUUAUUGAUUCUGAUUUGAUUAAUUUAAUAUGGAUGGGUCAGGAUGGAAUUUUGCCCUGGGUGAAAACAGGCUUUAAAAGUGCAAUAAAAGAUGGCAAUAAAAAUA